AUGAAGUCCACCAUCCUAGUCUUUUUUACUUGUCUCUCAGCCACAGCCUACGCAGCUCCACAAGGGGACCUGCGAGCACAGGCUUGCCAGAAGCCGCCUGGUGAAGUAGGAGCAGUGUUCGCAUUGACAAACUCACCAUUCUCGAACGACGUUGUCACGUUCUCUCGUGCAUCGGAUGGCCAACUCGUUCAGAACGCCAUCAUCCCAACCGGGGGCAUGGGCAUUGGAGUUGACUUCGAUACACAGGGAGGUCUCCGCCUCUCGUCGGAUAAUAGCUUUCUUUACGCAGUCUCUCCUGGUACGGACCAGGUCACUGUCUUCUCCGUCGACGGCUCCUGUCUCACAAUGAUUCAGGAGGUCUACGCUGGCGACCAGCCGCUUGCUCUUAGCCUCUCGCCGGACAACAAGCUGGCGUACGUUCUUGACGGCUCAGUGGCUUCCACUGGGAUUUUCGGCUUCACAAUAGGUAGUGACGGGACCUUGAAUCCCAUCACGAAUGAAACAAUCCCUACGAGCACUCCAAUCGGUGUUCCUGGAACAAUUGACUUCUCACCGGACGGCAAGAGCUUGAUCGUUACCAACAAGGUCGGCUCUUCUAUCGACUUUUACGCCGUCGAUUCCGCUGGUGCUGCAACACUGAAGACCACUACCAAGUCCGCUGGCGAUCGGCCGUUUGGUGCUGUGUUUCGCCAAGAUGGUGCGUUAUUCGUGGUCGAGUCAGGUCUGCCCGUUUUCACUAACAGCGCCAUCUCCGCCUACAAAGUAGAUGGCAGCUCUGGUGCCAUCUCCUCGGUGACAGCUAGUGAGAAGAACCAGCAAACCGAUGGCUGCUGGAUCGCUCUCGCAGGCUCCAAUGAGCAGUACGCGUAUACUGCAAACUUCGUCUCCGGAACCAUCUCCUCAUACGCCGUGGCCGCCGAUGCAAGUGUGAGCUUGAUUGAGGGGUCCGCGUAUUUCGCUGGAAAUAGCUCGGAGCCGGUCGAUCUCGCUGUUGCAGAGAAAGGGAAAUUCCUAUACAAUCUACUGAGAGGUACCGGCGCCGUGGAUGCUUUUGCGGUUCAGGAGGACGGUAGUCUGACCAGCUUGGGUCGGGUUGGCGAGGGAAAGGGUUUGCCGCCUGCUAACGGUGCCUCUGGCAUGGUCGCAUUUUGA